AUGGGAAUUGUGCCGGGGCUCUGCAGAGACCCCUGCCCAGGCCACGGGAAUCGUACCCAGGCUCUGCAGAGCCCCCUGCCCAGGCCACGGGAGUCGUACCCGGGCUCUGCAGAGCCCCCGGCCCAGGCCACGGGAGUCCGGAACGUGCCCCCGGGCUUCGGGGAGAGCUGGCGGCGGCAGCUGGCCGGGGAGUUCUCGAAGCCCUACUUCGUGGAGCUGAUGGCGUUUGUCGCGGAGGAGAGGAAACGCUACACGGUCUACCCGCCGCCCGACCAAGUCUUCACCUGGACGCAGAUGUGCGACAUCGGGGAUGUAAAGGUGGUCAUUUUGGGCCAAGAUCCGUAUCAUGGACCUAAUCAAGCUCAUGGGCUCUGUUUCAGUGUCCAGAAGCCUGUUCCUCCUCCCCCCAGUUUAGAAAACAUUUACAAAGAACUGUCUACAGAUAUCGAGGACUUCACUCAUCCUGGUCAUGGUGAUCUAACGGGCUGGGCCAAGCAAGGAGUGCUCCUGCUCAACGCCGUCCUCACGGUGCGAGCGCACCAGGCCACCUCCCACAAGGAGAGAGGCUGGGAGCAGUUCACGGAUGUGGUGGUGUCAUGGCUCAACAAGAACUUGCACGGGGUUGUCUUCAUGCUGUGGGGAGCCUACGCCCAGAGGAAAGGCAGCUCCAUUGACAGGAAACGUCACCACGUCCUGCAGACGGUUCAUCCCUCGCCUCUCUCUGUCAACAGAGGGUUUUUCGGCUGUCGGCAUUUCUCGAAGACCAAUGAGUUGCUCAAGAAAUCCGGCAAGAAGCCUAUUGACUGGAGAGCGCUCUGAGCUGCGCGCAGGGGCUGCGGCGUCUGGUGGCUGGAAACGGCCCCUCCUCCAGGGGUCGUCUCAUUUCUGAAAAAAACUCUUGCUGACCUGAGAAUUCCUCUUUGGGUGUUGAUCAAGGAACAAAUGACCAAACUUUCAGAGAUGUUGUUAUAUUUUGGUUUAAAUGCUUUUUAAAGAGCAAGAUGGGAGUGUGACGUGGACACCUUCUCUGCUGUCUGAACAGGUCUCAGCCUAGUUUGAAGCAAAGAGACACAAAAAAAGUUCUCUGUUAAUUUGUGUUCGUCGUUGUAAUGGGAAUGUGUUUUCAGGCUCUUGUGAAGGGAUGUCAGUUCUUACAGGUGAAGCUGUUCAGCUUUUGUAAAUACCCUGCUGCACCUCCUCCCACUCCUUUGCCCCCUGCUGUGCAAAUCUGGAUUUCCUGAUUCCCCAGGAGAAAAGGCAGAUGCUUUCGGUUCUGGCUUUUUGCUGCAGAUGACGAGAUUUAUUAGAAAUACGGCCUCUUGGCUCUGUAAAGACCGUACACUGUCAGCGGUGUUACUUGGUGUUGCCCUACUCUCAAGAUUUCAGGGUAAAUCCCACCAGCAGCCGAGCGGAGACUGCGACCGAGGCUCUGGUCACGCUCCCAGCUUUUUGUUGGCAUUUAGAGAGGAAAACAGUAAGUUUGCAGAUUCUUACUGGGUGUGUUAAUCGCUCGGAUGACAGGGGAGCUGUGAUGACCACAAACUGUGGUACCUGCCGAUGGCAACAGCGAAGGUUUGUUCAUCAGGGCCUGCCACCUGAUGGGCUGAUGGUUGCA